AUGGCCUUGGACAAUAAUUCCCAGGUUGACUGGCAACUCUUUUCAUGUCAUGUCUGCAUAUUGUAUGAAAUGAGAAACACUAUGAACAAUCGCUCGUGCCUCUGGACAGCUGCUCGUCGAUCUUGUGUAGGUCCUAUUGAUGAACUGGAAGAGGAAGAGGAAUUUCUGCAUCUUGCACCUAAUUAUGCAUGUAGAACACUAAAAUUGACUAUAAGAAGAGAUGUCACUUUCAUUGUAAAGUCUAAUGAGGAAGAGGAUGGAAAUCUGGGACCCAAAUAUGCUGACGUGGGAUCUGGGACCACUACCAUUGCGUAG